AUGAGAAAGUGGCAGUUUAAUAUUUGUCGACGUCGACCUCGUUCUGCUCGAUACUAUCAAGUUUUUGGUCAAGAACCUGAAUAUCCAUAUUGGAUAUUUUUUUUACAAUUUAUUGUCGGUAGUUUGAAAUGUAUAAUUUAUUACGGUCUUAUUUUUUUACUUAUCAAAUGGUAUUUAUGGCCAAUAGUAGCACCGAGUCUAACGAAAUAUUCACUUGUUCAAACGACACUUAAUCGUUCAUCAUUUCUUAUCGAUCGUCUAAAAGUACAAAGAAAACUAUAA